UCCGACUCCACUGCUGACGCUUCAUGCCUCAAAUUCCGUCCGACUGAGGGCAUAUAAAAGCAAUUGAUCCACACAAUCGAACAGUCGUUGCGAAAUAGCCCAAGUGGAAACAGUGUGGAAAGCAAAGAGGAACUCUGGGUGCUGGUGAGAUUAUUAAAAAAAAAAGUGCGGAAGUCAAAGAGGUGCAAGUGCAUAAAGGCAAGAAGAUGCUCAAGAUAGCCAAAGUUGCUGUUAUCGUGUCAAUUUUUGUGAUUUUCGUGGCAGCUUAUCCGCCAAUUGACAACAAUGAGACUCUCGAAGAAGAUGGAGACAUAAAACUUUGGGAGAUUGAACGAGAAUGUGCCAUGGUUGGAGGACUCUGCGUUCACAAGGAUGAUUGCGAUCAUGUGACAUCAACUACAGGCCUAUGUCCUUCCAACAAGCGUUAUGGCGUCGAAUGCUGCUACAAAUUGAAAUACCGCAUCACAACGUGCAAGAAUCAUCUGGGCGAAUGCAUGGAUCGAUGUCAUCAUAGCCUGCAACGAACAUCAACUGACUGUCCGGGUCAGGUCUGCUGUGUCCUGAUCUAAUGUGAUCCACAGAAUGAUUCUUUCGAGUACAAAACGGAGGGCCGAUUCGAGGGAUGUCAGCACUAAAUCUCUUUUAUACAUUUAUUACAUAAUUUAUUGAUUAGAUUGUACUGUAAAACCAAAAUGUCUCAAUAAAUCUGGACCAAAACUA